AUGCUCGAAGCACUUGGUUGUGUCUUCCCGGAGUUGCUGGCCCGCAAUGGUGUGAAGUUCGUUGAGGCCAUUUGGUUUAAGGCCGGCUCCCAGAUCUUUAGGGAGGGUGGUCUUGACUAUCUUGGUAACCCCAGCCUCGUCCACGCGCAAAGCAUCCUAGCUAUUUGGGCAUGCCAGGUUGUGCUCAUGGGUGCCGUUGAGGGGUACCGCAUGGCCGGCGGCCCGCUUGGCGAGAUCGUCGAUCCACUAUACCCGGGCGGCAGCUUCGACCCUCUUGGCCUAGCUGACGACCCUGAGGCAUUUUCCGAGCUCAAGGUGAAGGAGAUCAAGAAUGGUCGUCUUGCCAUGUUCUCAAUGUUUGGCUUCUUUGUCCAAGCUAUAGUCACGGGCAAGGGCCCUCUUGAGAACCUUGCUGACCACAUCGCCGACCCUGUCGACAACAAUGCAUGGGCAGUCGCCACCAACUUUGUCCCCGGCAAGUAA